AUGCUUAGUGGUGGUUGGCUUGCUCCCAUCGGAAUGGCUGUAUUAUCUGUAAUUGCAGGAAUCAUUUGUCAGUCAAUUCCAUAUCCACAAUCAGGUAUAGGUGUUAAACACUUGGCAUGGGUUGCAUAUUCUAUGAGUUUGGGUGGUAUGUUAUUGCCUAUAUGUCUGGUUGGAGGACCGAUUCUUACUCAGGCUGCUAUGUACACUGGAGGUAUAGUGGGUUCUCUGUCAUUGGUUGCAUUGACAGCGCCGUCAGAUCGUUUUUUGAACUGGGGUGGUCCUUUGGCAAUUGGUUUGGGUGUUGUCUUUGUAUCGUCUAUUGGUUCCAUGUUUUUAUCACCUGUAAGUCGUUUAGGAUCUGGUUUAUCAUUCAUUAGUCUAUAUGGUGGACUUAUUUUGUUUUCGGGAUUUCUAUUGUAUGACACACAACAUGUGAUAAGACGGGCGGAAUCUUAUCCACCUCCGUCUUACACUACACCACCACUUUAUUCCUACAACAACCACAGAUUAAUGGAAUCGAAUUUUGUCAAACCAUUUGACCCAAUCAACAGUUCUAUCAAAAUACUUGUAGAUGCUUUGAAUAUAUUUAUUCGUAUGGUAGUUAUCCUGUCUGGUAAUGGUGGUAACCGUCGCAAGUGAAGUGAACUUCACUACCAAACCUAUUCACAACAAAAACUGCUAUCAUAAUAAAACAACACUUGAUGAUUAGAUUUAUCUUAUUCUUACUGUUCUCAUCAUCGUGAUUUUCUCUUUUUUGUAACAACUACUGCUACUACUAAAUAAUGUGUGACUGAUGAGAAAGCACAAAAUAUGUUGUCUUCUUAUUUGUCUGUCUAUUCAAAAUUUUGAUCAAAAGGGAACCAGUGUUGUUUUUUGAACUACUACUACUACUAAUAACAAAAACAGUCAAAAUGAAUUUUAACAUUUGUCAUUCGUUGUGUGAGUGAGUGAAUGAGUGGUGUAUGUGUUUGUUUUUUGUUUUGUAUUUAGUUGAAAUCAUUGCAUUGCAAAUCAACAAUGAUGUUUUAUUUUUGAAUAUCCGACUUAUUUUUUCGUUUUGUUUUGAUUUAAAAUGAUAAAAAAAAUCUAUCAAAUUUGCUGGUCAUACAUAUUUGCGCAUCUUGUAUCAUAAACUGUGUCUGUGUGUUGUGUGUGUUGUUUUUGUGCGGUAAGUUUGUUUGAAUGAAAUAUACAUUCAAAGUGUGAAUAACACAAGGCUUCUUUAUUU